GCUCAUUGUCAGCAGCUCGUUUGUGCCGCCCAGCCGCCUCAACCUAAAAGCCCUACUCCUCACGGACAAGAAGAGGACAUACCUGCCCUGUCAUAACAGUGCGCCCUCAAGCAGACCCUCCAACGCCAUCAGUGCAAACAGCUCUUCGUGUUUGGUGAGCCGUUCUUUCCCCCCGCCGUCCCAGCAGGCAGGCAGGCAGCCAUGGCAGAUGGUCGGCAGCCAGAGGAGCACUGGGCCUCCAACGGCCGAGAGAACGGCGAGAACGGCCACUCCGCCUACAGCUACCGGGAGAACGGCUGCAACGGCGGCGCCGCCGCACACCCCGGGACAACAGUGGAUGACUCAGCCAAUUUGCCUCCCUCCCCUCCUCCCUCGCCGUCCGCUGGGCAGAUCGGGCCGGCGGCACAAGAAGAGAAAGUAGAGCCUGUCAGUGCUCUCUCUGCGGAGGAGCGGCAGCAGGAUGAGGAGGAAGUUGCCGGUUGCCAGGAGGAAGUGACAUGUGAGCACCCGGGCUCUCUGCUCUUAGAGCAGACAGAUUUGGUAACAGAACCGCAGGCUUUAGGCUGCGAGCAAGUCCAAACGCCUGAGGGUCUCAAUGGAGGAAGUCCUCACAGGGAGCAAAGUCCAUCACAAGAAGGCGUUGAAAGCUCCCAGCCUUUAAGUGUCCACCAGUCCAGGGAGAGACCAACUCCUCUGUCUUUGCACCUGUCUCGUCAGAGAAACUCUAGCCCCACACGGCCUGUUAUGUUAAAGAUGGCAGUGCAGCGCCGGGGGUCCGAUCAGCAAUUACCCCGCCCCGCCUCUGCCUGUGGUCCUAAACGGGGCCCCCAGGUGGAGGCGGUGCUCAGUGUGGCCCGCCCCACCUCUGCAUGCUCCCACCCUCUGCCAAAGGAGAGAGCGUACCGCAGCCCGGAGAAAAGGUCAUCUCUUCCAAGGCCGUCCAAGUCUCUGACCCGCCACCUUCCGGCUGCUGAACAAGAGGAGAGUAGCCCCUGCAGGCCAGCCUCUUUCAGCAGCGAGGCCAAGGCCGACAGCAGGUCUGGAAGGGCCCCUAGUAUGUCAGGUACGGACUCGGGACGUCCCUGGUCGGCCCGCAGCGGCACCUCCACCCCCGGCUCCUCGGCGGUCACGCCCGGCAGCCCCCCAAACUACUCCUGCCGCACGCCUGGCUCGCGCACCCCCGGCAGCCACACGCCCAAGUCCUUCAGCGUUCUGCAGGAGAAGAAGGUGGCCAUCAUUAGGACUCCGCCCAAGUCGCCUUCCUCGGCCCAGCGACAGCUGAAGGUUCUUAACCAGCCCCUUCCUGACCUCAAGAAUGUAAAAUCCAAGAUCGGCUCCACCGCCAACAUUAAACACCAACCCAAAGGUGGACAGGUGCACAUUUUAAACGAGAAGGUGGACUUCAGUCAUGUUCAGUCAAAGUGCGGCUCCAAGGAUAAUCUGAAGCACGCGCCCAAAGGAGGCAAUGUCAUGAUUCCGAGCGUUAAAUUGGACUUUAGCCAUGUUCAGGCUAAAUGUGGUUCCCUGAACAAACUCCAGCAUGCUCCAGGCGGAGGAAACGUUCAAAUCCAGACCAAGAAAAUCGACUUGAGCCACAUCACUGCCAAAUGUGGCUCCAUGUCCAACAUCCGCCACAGGCCAGGCGGAGGAAACGUGCGAAUCGAGAAUGUGAAGCUGGACUUUAAAGACAAGGCUCUUGCCAAGGUCGGCUCAAUGGACAACGCCAGCCACACGCCAGGAGGCGGGAAUGUGAUGAUUGAGAGCCACAAGCUGAGCUUCCGGGAGACCGCCAAAGCUCGGGUGGACCACGGCGCAGAGAUCGUCAUCACCCACUCCCCCGGGCUGGAGCCGGGCGGCACCUCUCCUCACAUGUCCUCCGCCGGCAGCAUCAACCAACUGGAGUCGCCACAACUCUGCACGCUGGCCCAAGACGUCACCGCCGCGCUGGCCAAGCAGGGCUUAUGAGCGACCUUCGUCCCGAUCCCGACUCAUUCCUUCUCAAUCAUCCAGUGUUCUCCCAUGGCCCGCCCUAGACCCUCCCCCUCCACGUCUGCUUCCCAGAGGGAUUUUAACAAGGGAAUUCUCCGAUUGAUCUCCACGCACCUGCUUUAAAAGUUACCGUUUUCUUUCCGUCUUUGGACUUUUUGUCUUUAUGCCCGAAAGAGGGCUUAAGAUUGUAUACAGUAAGAAGUGGAUCCAUUUGGCCCCAUUCGUUGCAAUUUACCUGACACAUGAAACGUGACACAUUGGGUUGUUGCUUUACCUACUUAAACCACCAGAUGGCAGAGUAUCUUAAAAUGUGUUUUAUGGCAAUUCCAACUUCGACCACGGUUUCAGCUUGUUCUGUCUUCAAUGACUAUACAAACUGGACUGGUUGAGCUUUACCCUACUCACAGGGAACUUUUAUUUAUCAGUUGCCAUUCAACAUAUACAGUGCGUCACUCUAAAACCCUCCGGGUAGGAACAACACACAUACAAGCAAUUCCUAUUGCUACAUCCGUUUUCUUUUAAAAAAAAGACAGUAUUUAUUUUCAAAUAUUAAAUCCAACAAAAUUCACUUUUAAGUUGCUACUAUACAAACUCAAAAUAGUAUGCAUUUUCAAAUUGCUACAACCACAGCGUAUGUAGAGUGACGCUUUCCAUCAUUUUCAGCAGACUGCACUGUAAAAACUGAAAUCUCAGUAAGAUUAAAUAUCUCAAAUAAGGGUGAUAUUUGCAUAUUUUCUGUCUGAUAAGAUAAUUCUUCUCACUAAGCAGAUUUUAUGUUAGAGUGUUUUACUUGUUUUAAGGGUUUUGGUCCUAAAUGAUCUCAGUAAGAUAUUACAAAGAGAUUUGAUGACCUAUAUUGAGUAAAACAUGCUUGAAACUAGAAUAUCAACUGUUGCAAAGCUGUGUCAUCAACACUCACGAGUGUAAAACUGCUUUUUUAAAGUAAUAAUUUCUUAUUUCAAGCAUGGAAAAAAUAAGUCAUGACUUUGACACAAUUGUGUCUCAUAAUUAAAACAGAUGACAGCCAAAUGGACUUUGCUGUUUUAUUUUCAAUGAAACAAUAGAAAACACGUACUCAUAUAGUAGUACAGUUGUUAUUAGUGAGAAUAUACUUAUUUUAAGGUAUUUUUGGGUUCAUUGAGGUUAGCUAAUUAGGGUCCGCCCUGUACCCUGUACAAAGGACUCCCCCAGGGAGUCCUUUGUACAGGUUACAAAGGAACCUAUUGUUAUUGUAAGGUUUUAUUAUUAUUAUUAUUAUUAUUAAUAUUAUUUUACCGACCCCACAAAGAACGCUAAUUUGACCCACUUAACAUGCUCCAAAACUCACCAAAUUUGACACACACAUCAGGACCUGCGAAAAUUUCAAUAAAAUAAAACAACCAAACCCCAAAAAUCAAAAUUGGGCUCUAGCGCCCCCUAGGAAAACAAAACAAAACUGCCUGUAACUCCCACUAGGAAGGUCGUAGAGACAUGAAACAAAAACCUGUAUGUAGGUCUGCUUUAGACCUACAACUCAUAACGACACAUUCUCGGGCGAAAACCAACAGGAAGUUGGCAAUUUCCCAUUUUAGACAAAAAUGUACUAAAAACACUGCUUUUUACGUUUUUUUUUUACUUGUUUUGGAAAGUCUUGACAAGCCAUAUUUUCUUAUUCUAUUGGCAGAUAAUUUUGCUUAGUUCAAAUAAAAUACCCCUCAUUUUUGUAUUUUUUUUUUUUCUUGUUUUUGAACACUGACUUUUUGCAGUGUGCUUUGCAAAAUGAUUAACCUCCCCUCUUCCUCUCACGUGAGAUCCACAAGUUAUGGGGCCAUAUGAAUCCCUUCCCUGCUGUAGUUUUUUUUUAAUUUUUUUUUUAUUUUUCCCUCCUCUUAAAGUAUUUUGCCGCUAUCUAGAAAAGGGAUUUGGAAACAUGGAAAAGCUACUAGCGUCCAAUCAGAGCGUCUGAUGAGCAUGUUUGUUUAAAAUGUGUGACAUUUGAAGAAAAAAAAAAGGUUGUUUGCGAAUAUUUGCUGGCCUGUUUGGCAAACUUGUGUUUUAUGUUUUUAUAAUGUAGUUUUGUACAUUGGACAGGCCCUGCAGUCCUCAAAUAGGAGUCUUUUAAUUUCCUAAUUUCUUCUUUUUUUUUCUGUUUUGUAAAUGAGCCUAGGCAUGGAGAAGACGAAAGUUCUUUUUGGAGCGGUGUGUCGUUCAAGCCCCUCAUGUCCCCUCCCUCCACAAAGAAUGGAAAAAAAAGGGAAGAUGUAUGUGUUGUAUGUGAAAACAUUCCGUGGGGGGGGG